GAACAAAGCAACAUAUUAGGCUACCCGAUACAAGAAAAAUAGCGCCAUGCAAAUUCAAAAACAAAGAUUAUAAUUGAGGUCAUCUUGAAGCUUGGAGCCCAACGAGAACAUUUAUCACGUCUGAUACGCGAGUCGAGUGGUAGGGAAGUUUUAAAAGCGCCGGCUAGGAGGAUAAUCUCAAAGAAACGCGUUACAUGAUAUCCAUCGAAUUGAUGCACAUCGGAGUGUAGUUUUCCGUGAAUUAAAAUCUGGUGUCUUUUUCAACUUGAAUAGGCAGAGCACGUUACUUGAACAUGGAACGAAACAUACAUGUGCUGUUAUUGAUAAUAUGUGGGAAUAUAUUUUGGAAAACGUGUUUGGCACUGGAUAAUGGACUGGCUUUGACCCCUCCGAUGGGUUGGAUGGCUUGGCAGCGAUACAGAUGCGUAAUUGAUUGCGAUAGAUUUCCAAAUGAAUGCAUAAGCGAAAAGUUAUUCAAGGAUGUGGCCGAUUUAAUGGUUAGCGAAGGAUAUAAAGAUGCCGGCUACGAAUAUUUAAUAAUCGACGAUUGCUGGUUAGAAAAAAAUAGAACAGCCGAUGGUAAAUUGCAGCCAGAUAGGAAACGGUUUCCCAGCGGAAUGAAGAGUUUAGCAGAUUACGUGCACUCGAAAGGACUGAAAUUUGGUUUAUAUGAAGACUAUGGAAAUAAAACUUGCGAAGGAUAUCCUGGUAUUCUUGGUCAUAUGGAGGAAGAUGCUAAGACACUAGCAGAAUGGGAAAUUGAUUAUUUGAAAUUGGAUGGAUGUUAUUCGAGUGUUUUUGAUAUGGAACAAGGUUAUCCAGAGUUUGGAAGAAUUCUGAACAAAACAGGAAGACCGAUCGUAUACUCGUGUAGCUGGCCUGCUUAUCAAGAGUACUCCGGCAUGAAGAUUAAUUACGAAUCUAUGGCGAAACACUGCAAUUUAUGGAGAAAUUACGACGAUAUUCAAGAUUCGUACGCUAGUGUAACCAAUAUAAUGGAUUAUUUCGCGAUGAAGCAAGAUUUUUGGCAACCUUAUGCAGGUCCAGGACAUUGGAACGACCCAGACAUGUUGCUUAUCGGAAAUUUCGGCUUGAGCUACGAACAAAGUAAAGCUCAAAUGGCAGUAUGGGCAAUUUUAGCAGCACCUUUGCUCAUCUCGGCAGAUUUACGAAAUAUGAAACCAGAAUUAAAAGCUAUUCUGCAAAACAAAGAUAUCAUUGCAGUGAAUCAAGAUCCACUUGGAAUCCAAGGUCGCAGAGUGUAUAGAGAAAAAAGCAUCGAUAUUUGGGUAAAACCAAUCACACCCGUGAUUAAGGGAUAUCAUUCUCAUGCUGUCGCAUUUGUGAGCCGUCGCAGCGACGGUACUCCGUAUUCCUACAACAUUACUCUGGAGAACAUUGGAUUACUGAAUCCAGAUGGAUAUAAAUUCAAGGAUCUCUUUACGCCAACCCAACAGGAAUCUUCUACAUUUGUUUUGAAACCAAAAUCGUACAUAAAUGUCCGAAUCAACCCGUCCGGUGCAGCAUUUUACAAAGCGAUUUCGUUGGCAAAAGAAGAAUUGUAAGAUCAGAUUAUGAAACAGAUUACGAAAAAAUAGAACAUUUUAUUCGAUUAAUAUCAAUUGUGAUGAUUCGUAUGCUAAUUAUAGCAAUUUUUAUCUCAUGACCUAAGACUGAAUUGACUGUAGGUACGUAUGUAAUAAAAUUUCAUACAUCGGAA